UCCCGCGGCUCCGCGUCCCCUUCCUCCUCCUCAACUAGGCUGCUGGCACGCCUCCGAGGAGCGACCCAGCCCGCCCACGUGAUCCCCACUAAGCGCGAGGCCUGCGUGUGCACGCCCGCCGCUUCGGCCAAUAAGAGGACAGCCCGCGCUCCGCAGCCGUUAGCCCCGCCCCCACGCGCUCUCACGCCCUCGCGCCCUGAAGGAAAUGGCACCAUUACGGAGUCCUCCUCGUGGUGGAAUUGAGGAGGAGGCCCUCCUCUUGGGCAUGAGGCACAAGCUGCGCAAAGGCUUCCAGUGAUGACAUGGAUCCCUGAGUGUGUGAGGACAGCCUCUCCCCACCACCCUUUAACCUCUUUGUAGACCCGACCCUGGAAAUAGCUGGACCCCAUACUAGAUGUUUUUGAAACCCAAAGUGGAGGAACAAACUUUUCAAAGAAAGGAUAAAUUGUUAACCAGUGAAAGUAUUACAAAGUGACCAGACAACUCUACUCACCAAACUGUUUAGACCUGACAGCAAGUUUUUUGGUUGAAGUAUUAUGACAAGAGAAGAUCCCUACAGAGAAGAAUUUAGUUAUGACAGGAUGCCGACGUUGGAGCGAGGAAGGCAGGAAGCUGUACAUUAUGCUCCAGAUAUAAAAUCCGGUGACCUCCAGCUAGCAAAAAGAUUCCAUCCUUGUUUCAGUUACAGAACGUGGAUUUUUUCUUUGUUGAUGGGGAGUUGCCUUCUUGUCACAUCUGGCUUUUCACUUUACUUGGGAAAUGUUUUCCCUUCUGAAAUGGACUAUUUACGCUGUGCAGCAGGUUCAUGUAUUCCUUCAGCAAUUGUGAGUUUUGCUAUAGCACGAAACAAGGUUAAUGUGAUUCCAAACUUUCAGAUUUUGUUUGUUUCAACAUUUGCCAUCACCACGACGUGUUUAGUUUGGUUUGGAUGUAAACUUGUCCUGAAUCCAUCAGCAAUAAAUAUAAAUUUCAAUUUGAUUCUGCUAAUUCUAUUAGAAAUCUUGAUGGCAACCACAGUGAUCAUUUCUGCUAGAUCUAAUGAAGAAUGUUGUAAAGGAAAGAAGAAUGCCAUAUAUGAUAGCACCAGCAUUUUGAACACAGUCACCUUUCCUACACGAGUCCUGAAAUCCUAUUCAGUUAUUGAGAUCAUUGUUGGAAUUUCUGCAGUGUUUGGUGGAAUAAUUGCUUUGAACAUGGAUGUCUUAGUUUCAGGCCCAUACCUUUCAGUGACGUUCUUUUGGAUUUUAGUGGCCUGUUUUCCAAGUGCUAUUACCAGUCAUGUAGCAGCUGAAUAUCCCAGUAAAUGCUUGGUGGAAGUACUGAUUGCAAUAAGCAGCGUGACUUCUCCGUUGUUGUUCACGGCUUCUGGGUAUUUAUCUUUCAGCAUAAUGAAAAUUGUGGCCAUCUUUAAAGAUUAUCCACCAGCAAUCAAACAAUCUUAUGAUGUACUUCUGUUACUUCUAAUGCUGAUGCUGCUGAUCCAAGCUUUCCUUACCACUGGCACUGUCAUACAAUGCAUUAGUUUUAAGAUAAAAAUGAAACAGCAUGACUCAUCUUGGGCGACUCCCCAGAUGAAUAAACAAGACUACAAAACUGGAGAGGUAUCCAAUAACACACUGAAGGAAUUUGACAAAGACAAAGCCUGGAAAGCGGUUGUGGUGCAGAUGGCCCAGUGACCUGGAACUACGUGGAGGGCCUGGGUGGAUGGGUGAUGGCUUCACCGCUAUCCCCAUCGUUUGAGAUUUUGCUGGGCCAUGCCCCUCUCUACCUAAUAUGUCAUAUUCUUUGUACUUACAUGGCAUGUGUAUCAUGAGGCCUGCCAUGGCCUGGAUCAGUUGGGAUGGUGAGGAUGAAGCUACAUAGUGUAGGAUCUAUUAUCACAGUUGUGUCUAGAAUAAGGGAGAAACUUCAUCAUGCUUUUAUUUUGGAAUACCGUGCUUCUGAGCUGUCUGAAAAUAUGGUUGCUGAAACCUGAGAAUUGUCUUACUGUAUCAGAUCCAUUGUUAAUCCAGCACCGUGUUCUAUUUGAUAGUUGCCAUGGAAUGUGUUGAGGAAGGACUUGAUUAUCUUUCUCAAUGGGUUGUGGGAUACAAGGAUGUGCCCCAAACACAAUCAGUUUUCCUGUGUAUUCCAUUAUGAGUCCAUCAUCCAUGAAUGUAUCCAAGCCUUUUAAAAAUCAGCUCUACGUAGAACCUGCUCAGGUGAUGACGGUCUCUAAUUGUUCUGCAUUAUCUGAGAGGUAAGACUUCCCUUUUGUUGGUUUGGAAACUUCCAGGUGUGUGCUUCUAGUCUCAGCUAGGAUCUCUCUCUCUCUAUCUCUCUCUCUCUCUCUCUCUCUCUCUCUCUCUCUCUCUCUCUCUCUCUCUCUCUCUCUCUCUCUCUCUCUCUCUCUCUGUGUCUCUCUCUGUGUCUCUCUCUCUCUCUCUCCCUCCUCUCCCCCUCCCUCCCCUGUCCCCUCUUCUGCCCUCCCUCCCCUCUCAUUCUCCCCCUCCUUCCUCCCCCCCUCCUUUCUCUCCUCUCCCUCCUUCCCCCUCUCCUCUCUCUCCUUCUCCCACUCCUUUCCCUCUCCCUUUCUCUCCCCCCUCUCUCUCCUUUCUCUUCCUCUCCCUCUCCAUUUCCUCUCCUCUCCCUUUCCCUUCUUCCUCCCUUCCCUUCCCUACCUCCUCCCUCCCCUUCCCUCCCCUCUCCCUCUCAUUCUCCCCUCCUUUCUCUCCCCCUCCUCUCCCUCCAUUCUCCCCUCCUUUCUCUCCCCCCUCUCUCCCUCUCUCUUCCUCUCCCUCUCUCUCCUCUCCCUCUCCCCUCUUCCUCCCUCCCCUCCCCUCUCCCUCUCAUUCUCCCCUCCUUUCUCUCCCCACCUCCUCUCUCCUUCCCCCUCUCCUUCUCCCUUUCUCCCCCCUCUCUCUCCCUCCUCUCUCCUCUCCCUUUCCCCUCUUCCUCCCUUCCCUCCCCUCUCCCUCUCAUUCUCCCCUCCUUUCUCUCCCCUUCCUCUCUCUCUUCUCUCUCCUUCCCCCUCUCUUCUCCCUUUCCUUCCUUCUCCCUUUCUCUCCCCCCUCUCUCUCCCUCCUCUCUCUUCCUCUCCCUCUCCUUCCCCCACCCUUUCUCUCCCCCUCCUAUCCUAGUCAUGGCAUUCCAGAUGGGGAAGGACACUGUGUGACUGGGCACAAAGAACAUUUUCUAUGUUGUUUCCCAUCAUCUUCUUGGUCCUCGUGUACUGGACUCAGGGCUGUAGGAAAUGGUCCCUGGCACGUCCCUCAGUUUUAUUCUUGGUCAUCACAGCUCAGAGCCCAUCUUACACAUUUAGUCUGGAUUGUUUUUUCCCCACAUUGGAGCCCAUAUAUGAUUUCUCUGACAUUCCUGAACAAACUGGGAAGAUGUUGAUAUAGUUUAUCCCAUUCAGCUUGGGAUGUCAGACUGGACAUCUUGCUAGGUUUUCUCUUUCCCCUCCAAUCUAUUGAUAAACACAUAAGGAGCGGUUCUACCCCAAUUGGUGAGAAACUUCGCAGUGUGCAUAGCUCUUUGCAGGGACAUUCCAGUUUAUAAUUGGCCUGUUUCUUGCCAUUAAGCCAGUUCCCUAUCUGAGAUAAGCCCCAUGUCCACAGGAUUAUUAUUUUUUUAGCAGAUAGGCAGCCUUUGGUGUGGAACUUUUUCAUGAUCUUUUGGAAAGUCCAAAAAAUUUUAUAAACAGUUCCCCUUUGGUCUUGAUGAAUAAUAGAUUUAUCAGGCAGCUUCCCCUUCCUAUGUUUUCCUUUCCCCCCAAAGAUCCCAUUUGGUUAAGUGUUCCACAGUCCGUCUUGACUGCCCAUCUUCCUUCCUUGUCUAGUAUGCAGAGGUUUAAAGAGACAUUUCUGAAGUCUUCUUUAAGGCUGUACAAAUGUCCUUCUGGCCUUUCCCAGCCCACAACAGCUGUUCUCCUUGGCUCUUCUCCUUUCUGUGUCUGGCAGUUCACCAGCCUGAGGGAAGAAUGGAGGUUCCCACAUCUCCUUUGUGGCCACCUGGCAACCUGAGGCUGAUGAAAUAAUUCCAAUAAGGAGCUUUUUCCUGACUCCUUACUCAGCUGUGAUAUGGAAUGUUCCCCUCAGGGCUUGGUGACAGUUUUCUUCCCCCACUUUAUGAAGUCCAUUACUCCCUUUGCGAUUGAUUUUUGCAUGGUGUGGGCCUAGUGGUUGGUCAUCAGUCAAAUUUAUGGGGCUGAAGUUUCCAAGGCCCCUUAAAACUGCACUUGACUUGGGAUCUCCUGUAGAUGAGCCCCCUUGAGUGCCAAAUCAACUCUCUAAGUAGACUUGCUGUAUUUACUUCUUAUUGCCAGUUAUUUUCUCAGAUAACUUAUAAUUGGUUCUAUAAGCCUCAGACACUUCCUAGCUAUGUGACCUUAGGCAAGUCACAUAAUCCCCAUUGCCUAGCCUGUACUGCUCUUCUGCCUUGAAAAAAUUCUAAAAGACACAGAUAUUGUUGGCCCCAGAAAGCAAAUACAUGUUGAAGCCCUAAACAUGUCCUUGUGUCUGAUUAGGCACAUAAGGAAUUGCUUUUAGGAUUCCUAUUUGGUUGGGGUGUCUUGAAAACGAAUCCCGAGUUCAGUGUUCUGACUUUCAAAGCUCUGAGGCGUUCUCUACAUUUGUUACGUUUCUGACUGUGGAACCCGGAGUCCCACCCCAAAGUCAUCAGGACUCAAGGCUCAGAGAUCUGUCCAAAUGUCAGUCAUCAGCCUAAGAAUCGAGGGGCCUCCUUCUAGUUCCUUUGGUUACUUCUUGUAGUGUGUUAGGGAACUGAGGCAUGAGCUACCCCACUUAAGGUAAAGCCUUUCCACUUGCUCCUAUUGUCGGUUCUGAGUUCAGAGCCAGAUGGGUGUUCGUAGGAGUAGUCUGAGAAGUAGCUGCCCCAUAAAAAAGUUGGUAACUGGCUUAGAAUGUGGGGAUGAUGUCUUCUGUAUUUAGUAGUAAUUUCCUCCUUCCCCUAUUUGCAUAUGAGCUAGAAAGCCCACUAACAGGGCAUGAUUAUCAUUUCCAAGAUAAACGUUUCAUUUCCUUCCUGUUUCUGCUGUGGUGUAUCUUCACGUUGUUUUCAUAAUAAAUGCUGCUCGCUGAAAA